GAGGGAGAGAGAGAGGGAGAGAGGGAGGGAGGGAGGCGGCCGUCUGCUCAGCCCUCAACAGUGCCCACGUAGGUCAGUGAACUUAAUGCUUUGGAAGAGAUCAAGACUGGCCGGCAGCAAAUCUCCAAGGAAUAAUGGGAGGUGGAUGAUGUCACAACCAAAAUAAUUUUGCCUCCUUUUUUUGGGUUGGGGUAUAAUAUUCACAUUGAAUUGAGAAUGACUGUUGCCUUCUAACGAUUAGUGAAGACGUCUAUUAAAAGAAACACUAGGCACUUUACCCACGACACUGAAUGGAUAGGAUGAAGAUCAUCAAGCGCAGGCUGUCGAUGUCACUGCGCAGCAGCCGGCCUGUGGAUGAUUCUCUCUCUGAGCUGGCUGAGCAAAUGAACCUCGAUGAGAACAACGUUAAGGACAAUGAGCCUAUCGUGAAGAAUGGCAAGGCAACAAGAUCCCAAAGCAUGCACUCCUUUCUGCACCAGUAUACAGGCACUUUCAAAAAGCCACCUCUACGAAGGCCUCAUAGUGUGAUUGGCGGGAGCGUGAGCUCCUAUGUCACCAUGUCCAGGAACAGUAAACUGGGAAUUGUUCAUGAAAAUGUAAAAAUGGGAUCGGAUGGGGAAAGUGAUCAAGCAUCAGGGACAUCAUCAGAUGAGGUGCAAUCACCUGUUCGGGUGCGAAUGAGAAAUCAUCAUCACCGUCGAAUUUCCACAGAGGAUAUCAACAAACGACUGUCUCUUCCUGCUGACAUUCGCCUACCAGAGGGCUACCUCGAAAAAUUUGCCAUGAACAGUCCACCGUUUGACAAACCCAUGAGUCGACGGCUCCGUAGAGCAUCUCUGUCAGAAAUUGGGUUUGGAAAACUAGAAACGUAUGUGAAGUUGGAUAAACUAGGAGAGGGUACUUAUGCAACAGUUUUCAAAGGAAGGAGUAAGCUCACAGAUAACCUGGUAGCAUUAAAAGAAAUCCGCCUGGAGCAUGAAGAAGGAGCGCCUUGUACAGCCAUCAGGGAAGUGUCUUUACUGAAGGACCUAAAACAUGCCAACAUAGUGACGCUACACGACAUCGUACACACAGAAAAGUCAUUAACGCUAGUCUUUGAGUACUUGGAAAAAGAUCUGAAGCAGUACAUGGAUGACUGUGGGAACAUAAUGAGCAUGCACAACGUGAAGAUUUUUUUGUUUCAGUUACUGAGAGGUUUGGCAUAUUGUCACAGACGGAAAGUUCUACACAGAGACCUAAAACCUCAGAAUCUCCUAAUAAACGAGAAAGGCGAGCUGAAGUUGGCAGAUUUUGGAUUAGCCAGAGCCAAGUCAGUGCCCACAAAAACCUAUUCUAAUGAAGUGGUGACACUCUGGUACAGACCACCUGAUGUUCUUCUGGGUUCCACAGAGUAUUCUACGCCAAUCGAUAUGUGGGGUGUUGGAUGCAUAUUUUAUGAAAUGGCAACAGGGCGCCCUCUCUUUCCAGGAUCGACCGUGGAAGAUGAAUUGCAUUUGAUAUUCAGAAUUCUAGGGACUCCAACUGAGGAGACGUGGCUAGGAAUCUCAUCAAGCGAGGAAUUCAAAGCAUAUAAUUUCCCCAGAUAUAAGGCAGAGCCGCUCAUCAACCAUGCACCAAGGGUGGACAAUGAUGGCAUUGAUCUAUUGUCAAAGCUUCUGCAGUUUGAAGCUAAAAAGAGAAGUUCAGCAGAGGAGGGUAUGAAGCAGCCAUAUUUCAAGAGUUUUGGGGACAAGAUUCUCGAGUUGUCAGAUACGACCUCAAUAUUUUCACUGAAGGAGAUUCAGUUGCAGAAGGAUCCUGGUUAUCGAUCUUCCUCCUACCCAGAGUCAGCAUUGAGGAGCAAGAGCAGAACUUAAUCAGUCGUUUUUGUAUCUUUAUCCAAGCCCAUGGGAAGAACAGACGCCAGAGCAUGUUGUUUUAACUUGAUAGGUCUCC